CGACCCCUCGACUUCAUCACUCUCCCUCGUUGACUGGGCUCCAUCCCAUCCUCGUGCGUCUCAAUCGCACGUCCGUUCCUUCUUUUUACCAAUUGUCGCUCCUUCCGGGCCAUUACCGCCCUUCAUUGCUUUUAUCCCCAUCGGCAUCGUAAGAUCGCUCCAGCCUGCACCUGCCAAACCCACGCUCUUUCGCCCACAGCCAACGGGCUCGCGCUCAAAAUGACCCUUUUUCGAAACCUGGCCCUUCUAGCGGCCUCUAUCGCCCCUGUUGUUGCCCAGACAUGGACGCACUGCAAUCCCACUAAAGAGGACUGUGAACCCAACCCGGCGCUGGGAACCAACUACACCUGGGGCUUUAAUGAGACCCUCAAUGACAAGAUCUGGAACGUGACUAAUGGCGAGAUCAACUACACCGAUGACGGCGCCGAAUUCACGAUUGCGAAGAAACUCGAGUCGCCUACGAUCCAGUCCACCUUCUACAUCUUCUUCGGUAUCCUUGAAUUCCAGGCCAAGAUGGCCAAGGGCGGUGGUAUUGUCAGUAGUGUGGUCUUGCAGUCGGACGAUCUGGAUGAAAUCGACUGGGAAUGGGUUGGGUACAAUACGACGGAAAUCCAGACCAACUACUACAGCAAGGGAGUCACAGACUAUAAAAACGGCAAAUUCUACUAUGUUGAAAAUGCCGAUACGGAAUGGCAUAACUACACCACUUAUUGGACCUCGGAGAAAUUGGAGUGGUGGGUCGAUGGUCAGUUGCUGCGGACCCUUACCUAUGACGAGGCGAAGAACGGCACCGAGAGCACUUUCCCGCAAACACCCUGCAAUGUCCGUAUCGGUAUCUGGCCGGCAGGUGACCCCAACAAUGCCCAGGGUACGAUUGAAUGGGCUGGAGGUGAAGUUGACUACGACAAAGGCCCGUACACCAUGACCGUCAAGGAUGUGCGCGUGCACGACUUCAACACCGGAAAGGCGUAUGAGUAUGGAGACAGCUCUGGCUCGUGGGAGAGCAUUAAUAUCAUCAAGGGUAACUCCACUGCCGCGGAGGAAAUCAACAAGCCCCCGCCAAAGUCUCUGUCUGAAAAAUGGGACGAUCUGCCUUCGGGUGCCAAAGCCGGCGUCUAUGUUGGAGCCGCCGCUGCCGGAGCCAUCCUGCUUGCCCUGUUCAUCUUCUUCUUUAUUCGCCAGCGCAAGAAGGGUCGUCUCGAGCACGCCCUUGACGAUGCCAAGUUCAACAACGAGCGCAACGAGAUGAACAACUAUCAGAGCAACUGGAAGCAGAGCGAGUGGAGGAAUGGGGGCUACCAGCCUGUGCGCUAACACCCAUACCCUUGACUGCACGUCAAACACGAAAAACGAAUCCUACUCGACGAUGUGAAGGCAAGACGCUGGCCCGGUCUCUACCGUGAACCCACCUGCAAGGGCGCCUCAAGUCGCUGCAUUGUCGAGACCCGCCAACCCCUGCGAGGCUUUGCAGGCGAAUCUCGUGCGGGGCUGUUCAACAUCUGCUCGAACUCGGAUAAUGACUCGCUCGCUUCCUAUAUACCUUGAUGCCUUCAUCUCCCUUGUUGUGGCGCAAUCUUUCCCCAUAUCCUUGCUCAUGUUUAUAUCUAGUAUACUUCCCUCCGUGUCUGGUUUGGCUCACGACCGCUGUCUGGCUCUGGUUGCUCUUUUUCCUGUACAUACUAUCACCCUGUUUGUUUGGUGGGUUGGUCUGCACUGGCUCCUGUACUACUAUAGAUCUACGGAUCUCACCCUAUCUGCUAUAGGAUCAGGUUGCGUGUGGACGGCGUCUGGGGUUAAAUGCAAUACAU